AGGGAGACCCCUUCACUCCCCCUCUCUCGUAGUCUCGUUUCCUUGGCUCAAACAUAUAAACCUCGCAACAACAAAAAGAAAAAAUAAGAACAGAAGAAAAUUUAUCACUACUGUCGAUAGCAGAUCGCCGCGACAUAUCUGAGCAAAGAGUUGGUUUUUCUAAGGAAGUAUGCUUGGUGGAAAUAAGGAUUUUUGCCACGGAGCACCUGUAGAUGACAUAAGGUUCAAAUAUGAGGAGGGCUGCUGGCAGCUGGAUUUGGUCCCCUGUUGGACAACUCAACUCUGGGCUACAUUAAGAAAACUCCUCCGUAAUGGUUUCUUUGACUUGGAAGGGCAAGAGGUCCAAGAAUUUAGUUUUCAAGCAGCAGUGAUGGUGGAAUUAUGGUGGUCUUUACUGGGUGCAGCUGUUCCAGCUGUACUGGCAGGUCAAGCUUUCAGGAUGAAGAAGAGACGAGAUGAUGAACAGAGGCUAAAGAGGGCGAGAGGACGCGAAAAGAACUCAGAUGAUAUAUUUGUCUGCGAGAGGGUUUGUACUUCGAAGAGGAUGUUGAAGAAGGUCGGUGCAUUUUCUAAAGACCCAACGCCCGAUACUUGUGUCACUGUUUGUGGUGUUUCCGAGCUCGAUGCUUGCGCUGAUGCAUGUGCACGGACUGUCUGUGUUAACCAGCAUCAAGUGCCUAACUGGAAUGACAUUUGCCUGAAGAGGUGUCAAAGUGAGUGCCUUCGCCUCUCGACUUCUUCUUUGUCUUGAUCCGCAAACCAUUUCUCUUUUUCUGCUCCCGCAUUUCUUCAAGAACUCUGUUGAAGACUGUAAACGAUCCUCUAAUGAAGGAUACCCAGCCAUUGAAACUGUGGAUCAUGUAUUUUAUGUUAUACUCCAAGUGCUUUUUCUCCCCUAGCUUGAUUAUAAUAGCUUAGUGCAUUCCCCAUUUACAAUAUGGCUUGAGGAUGCAUAUCAUUUUUUUUUA